GUGGCGCAUUCGUCUUUUUUCCCGUCUCUCAAAAAGACGAGUCGGGUUCGGUCGAGUGUAAGCGCCCUUAUUGCUCGCCAGCCUGCUCUUAUUGCUCAAGCCGUGACGUUCAGUAACUUGACUCGGACACAGGCGAUUUUACCAUGUGUCCGGGGAGUCCCACACGGCCGUUGUGCAUUUGGGACCGCAUGUUUAUUUACUAGACGGCAAUGUGACCGUUUUCUUAAUCGCUGUUUUUCCAGUGUUCUCCUCAGUGUGAAAGUUAGACCGUCGGCGCUGUAGUCCCUCUCUGCAAAGCCAUUGCGUUAAUGGCCCAUCUCUGUUUCUGAAUGCUGCGGUUGGUCCGUACAAGCAGUGCAACCUCAAGAGCUCCUUGUCUUGGCCUUGAGGGGGCACCAGCAUGAGUCAGGAGUCACUGGAGUCCGAUGGAGACUCUGCUCAGGAUGUGUGUGACUUCAACUGGGAUGACUACCUGGAGGAGACUGGAACCGUGUCUGUGCCCCAUCACGCCUUCAAACAUGUGGACCAGGGUCUACAGACAGGACUGACUCCAGGCAUGAAGCUGGAGGUGUGCAUGCGCUCAGAGGCCGACAACCCCUACUGGGUGGCCAACAUCAUCACCACAUGUGGCCAGCUGCUGCUGCUACGCUACGAAGGAUACCAGGAUGACCGGCGUGCCGAUUUCUGGUGUGACAUCAUGACAGCAGACCUCCACCCGCUGGGCUGGAGCCGCCAGCAUGGCAAGACCAUGAGGGCCCCUGAGGGUGUGCGUGAGAAGCACCAGGACUGGGAAGCUCUGCUGGAAAGGGCCCUGGCUGAGGAGUGCAGCGUGCCUGCCAACCUGCUGGAAUUGCCCCAGCGUGGCAGAGACCCAGUGGAGCUCCUGUGUGCAGGCUCCUAUGUGGAGCUCCAGGACAGUGUUGACUCUGGGCUGGCCUGGGCUGCUGAGGUGGAGGAGAAUGUCGGAGGGCGGCUGAAGCUGCGCCUGGUAGGCACCGAGGGCCUCCCAGACACACCCGCAACUGUCUGGCUCUUUUACCUACACCCACGCCUCCACCCACCUGGAUGGGCCAAAGAGCGUGGCUGCACCCUGAGGCCUCCCUCAGAUCUGUUGGCACUGCGGUCAGAGGAAGAGUGGGAGGAGGUGAGACAGAGGAUCAAUGAUCUGCCUCAGGAUGAAGCCCUGACUGCAGAGUUCAGUAAGGAUCAGCCUUCCAUCGCUGCUCAUUGUUUCAAGGAAGGGAUGAAACUGGAGGCUGUUGACCCGACUGCUCCUAUUUCCAUCAGGCCUGCCACUGUCACCAAGGUGUACAGUGAGCAUUACUUCCUAGUGACAAUGGACGACCUUUGUGGUAUUGAGGAGUCAGAAGGCUCGGGCCGGUCCUUCCUGUGUCACAGAGACAGUCCAGGGAUCUUCCCUGCUCAGUGGAGCCUCAAAAACGGGCUCCCUCUCAGCCCCCCACCAGGAUAUCAGGGUCCAGACUUUGACUGGGCAGAUUACCUGAAACAGUGUGAGGCCGAGGCUGCUCCUCAGCACUGCUUCCCAGCUGAGCAGUGUGACCAUGGCUUCAAAGAGGCCAUGAAACUGGAGGCUGUUAACCCGCUGUCACCAGAGAACAUUCACGUGGCAACAGUCACCAGGGUCAAAGAGCAAUACAUUUGGCUCAGCCUGGAAGGACUCAAACAGCCCAUGCCAGAGCUGAUAGUUCAUGUGGACUCCCUUGACAUCUUCCCUGUCAGCUGGUGUGAGACAAAUGGCUAUCCACUUGUCUAUCCCAUCAAACCCUCAGUUGAGAAAGAGAGGAAGAUUGCUGUGGUGCAGCCAGAGAAACACAGAACUCCACCGAAAUCUUCGUCACCUGACACUGUCAAGCAGCAGAUGGCCAGCCAGUCAGAAACAGGACAGGGGAACGGGAAAUACUGCUGUCCCAAGAUCUACUUCAACCACCGCUGUUUCUCGGGACCUUACCUUAACAAGGGACGCAUCGCCGAGCUGCCUCAGUUCAUCGGCCCUGGAAACUGCGUCCUCGUGCUCAAAGAGGUAUUGACUCUGCUGAUAAACUCGGCAUACAAGCCCAGCCGUGUGUUGAGGGAGCUGCAGCUGGACCAGGAGAGCCGCUGGCAAGGCCAUGGAGAGACACUCAAAGCCAAGUACAAGGGAAAGAGUUACCGGGCCACUGUGGAAAUCGUGCGCACUGCAGACCGUGUGGCAGACUUCUGCAGGAAAACCUGCAUCAAGCUAGAGUGCUGCCCGAACCUGUUUGGACCUCGUAUGGUUCUGGAGCGCUGCUCUGAGAACUGCUCUGUCCUUACCAAGACCAAAUACACGUAUUACUAUGGUAAGAAGAAGAGUAAACGCGUUGGCCGUCCACCCGGGGGCCACUCCAACCUGGAGGGUGGAGUGAAGAGAAGAGGGAGGAGGAGGAAGAGGAGGAAGCAGCUCUUUGUCCAUAAGAAGAGACGCUCUUCAGCCUCCGUGGACAACACGCCUGCUGGCUCUCCACAGGGCAGUGGAGAGGAAGAAGAUUUAGAUGAAGAUGACUCCCUGAGUGAAGACUCUGGCUCAGAGCUGCAGGACGAUCUCCAGGAUGAUUCUGAACAAUCUGUCGGGAAGUCUCAGCCCACCACGCCGUCCCCCUCCCCACCAGCGACACCCAGGCCCACACGCCGACGCCGGAAACCCCGCUCACCAUCUUUUUCUGACGACGAGAACCGCCCACCCUCACCAAAGACCUCAAAGACUGAGCCUCCUCAGAAGUUGUGUUUGGACACCAGCCCCCUGGAGUGGAGCGUUACUGAUGUGGUUCGCUUCAUCAGAACAACUGACUGUGCACCUCUUGCAAGGAUUUUCUUGGAUCAGGAGAUUGACGGACAAGCGCUGCUCCUGCUGAACCUCCCGACAGUGCAGGAGUGCAUGGACCUGAAGCUGGGACCGGCCAUCAAGCUGUGCCACCACAUUGAGAGGGUCAAGCUGGCAUUUUAUCAACAGUUUGCUACGUAGCUGACGGGGAAUGAGGAUUGGACAUAAUUACAUUCUGUUCUGUGUAUUAAUCCUGUGAAAACACUGUAUUUUCCCAUUUUAACAUUUCUUACACUGGACAUCCUUUAGAAUCCUGCAUAUACCACAUCAUGUCAGACAAGCAUGGACAUAUGACGGAUGAAGCGACGUCCUUAGGAGAAGGAGAAGAGAUACAUUGGGUCAAAAACAGUUCAGGUGCUCUUUAGGAGAGCAUAGAAAAGAGGAGGACUCAAAGAGAAUAAUUCAAGGCACUUCCAUGCCAUAAAUAAAUGUAAAAGCCUUUAUUAAAUCCAGCACAUUGACUUUAAUCUAAUCCAUCAUCACCGAGAUGAUUUUAAGAUGAAAGAAGUUGGUUUCUAGACAUGAUCUAAUAAGAUGAAACUAAUAGUUUCUAAAAAGGCCUUUUUACUUACUUCCUUCUGAAUGCCUUGGAUUCUCCUCUUUUAUUUCCUCUUUCUUUCUUUUUAGGAAGAUUGACUGAGGGCCAGUGCCACAACUCCAUUGGUCUACACUAUCCUUUCAUGACUUCCAGCCUGUCUUGCUCUCUCUAAAACGAAAUAGCACUGAAUCAUAGCUUUUAUUUUUCAUACUAUGCCCUAGAAUAUUUGGUAUCUGCCAGUCAACAUUUGCUGUUGUCUGCUGGUGUCAGAAAUUCGGUGAUUCUGUUUGGUUUUUUUUGUUUUGUUUUUUUUUUGUUUUGUUUUUUUUUCUUAUUUUUAAAGUUGAAGUAUAAUUAAUUGAAAAGAUAAGUGCAACCUUUUUAGAGCAGAUGAAGGGUACACACAGGAUAUGAGAGCCCAGUUACACUGAAGCACUUAAAACCAAACAUUGUUUUUCACAAAAUUCGUUUCACUACAAAAGCUCCAGGCUGUAUCUUGAAGUACUGGUAUCCAUAUGGUUUUCUACUUUCGAGAGAUCAUUUGGCCCAUUAGUUAAAAAAAGACAGAAAUAAUUGUUUGCACACAGAUAAAACUACAAGUUGCAUAAAAUGAAUUCAGUUUGUAAGUUUCUUGAAAUCCAGAUGUAAUGUUAAAUUAACCUCUGAUUAUAGUAAAUUUGAAAGAACAGUCAUAGUGAGUCAUUGCAAGACAAGGAAUUUAAUUUUAGUGUGAACACCACACACAUAUACUGUACUGACACGUCUGCUUAACAGAUGUAAAAGGGGCCUUCAUCUCAAGAGAUCAAAUUGCUUUCUUGUUCAAGCUUCUAUAUAAGACAAGUUUACAGUGCAAGGAUUCUGUAAUGCAAGCACAAGCAAAACCAUGUACUGUUGGGUGGUAUGCAAAUAUGAUGGUGCAUGUUUGUAUAUAGUGUAUAUAUAAUCAAAUAUCUUUUAGUGCAACAGGGUGAUUAGAGAGAAAAUCUAUUGAGCAAUUAACUUUCUGCAUAACCAAUGAACAAAUGCCCUAAAUAUACAGUAGGCUAUAUUUGCACAGAAUAGGCCUAAACCACCUCAUAUGGGGAGUACGGUUCAAACAAACUCAGCUACAGUUGAUUAUUUGAGCCAUUUCAUAACAUUGACUAGUCAUUAUUUUUAACACGUUAACUUAAUGGGCAUUUUUAAAGCAAGAAGAUAUUCAAAAAAUGCUUUUGUAAAUCAGUUAUUCCUCUUUUUACCCAUUCCUGUAGUGUGAUUUAUUGUAUUGUGCUUCAUUUUGUGUGAGAAAAAGCUACGUGGGCUCUUUGUUUACUCAUUUGCUUGUAGUUACAGCAGUACUCAAAGCAAUGGAACAUAUUUUUAUCUCAUGUUUAAAUAUUAUUGCUAUUUAAAGAGAACACUGCAAUAAAAACUGCGAAC